GCAAGCUGCAAAGCCGACCCCGCGAAUUCAUUACAGUAAACAUCUCCCGGGGGUGUCAGGAGGGGUGGGGGUGGGGACCUCGGCAUCUACAUUACCGGACCCGGUCCGAUCAAGGCAGCAGUGUGGCUGGAGCAGCCUCCAGACUCGCGUCCCGCAAACGCUGCACUUGGAGUCAGCUCCGCGCCCGCCCCCGCGCAGCCCGAACUGCACGCCUUGCUGCGCGUGGUCCGCACAUUCGCUGCGACCGAACGCCCGCCCAGUUCUCCCGCCGACUCCCGUGGUCCUCGGGAGAAGUCCCGAACUCGACCGGGACGCUCUCCACCGCCCUCCUAGACCGCCCUACUUUAUUCGGGGUACGAGGCGGAGAGGGGGGAGACGGAAGAAGAGAGGAGAGGAGACCCGGAGCUGUGGCAGCCGGAGCCUAGAUAAAGUGGCAUGCUGGACCCCUGGAGGCGGAGGUGGCGGAGGACUGGGGAAGACGAUGCCGCGGCUCCGUAGGGGACGUAGGCGACUACAGGCAAGGCGAGCAGGGCGCUUGGGCACCGGCAAGCUGCCGGGAGGCGCGCACGGCUCUGAGGCUCUGGCCUCAGCUUCCCGGAGCUCCGACACAGCCAGAGACGUAGCUGGAUUGCAGCAGCCACCGCCGCCACCUGGAGGACCCAGCAAAAGUUUGGAUCUGGGGGAGGGCGUUGCGCUGAGCGGGAUUACCCCCGGGGCUGGAGAGAGACCUGGAAAACCUUAGCAGGUUGCAGACUCUGUUGAGUCAAGAAAUUCCUAGGCUGCUCUGCACUGGCCUGACUUCCUAUAGAAGAAGCAAGAUUUGUCUGACUGGCUGGACUUCUGCUGACAGUGCUUACCACUUGGCAUCACUCUUCUCUUGUGUGGGAAAUCCUUCCUGUUGAGUUGCUUUGCCCAUGGAAGACGGCCGCAGGAGGGCGACAUAGGCAGAUGAGACUAAACACAUCAGGAGGAUAGUUUUACCAUCUGCCUUCAGGCCAUUUCCUCGAACAGAAGCUCUAGACUCUGACAGAAUCUGCUUCAGUCAUUUUGAUUUUGCUUCCUGAUUUUUUUUUUUUUACUAUUAUUUGCCGUUGCCUUUGUUUUUAGUUUCUUCCCCUCCAUCCAUUUGUAUUUUAUUUCUGUUCUUCAGCAAUGGGCCUGCAGACUACCAAGUGGCCCAGCCAUAGGGCUUUUUUUCUAAAACUUUGGCUUAUCAUUUCCCUUGGGCUCUCCUCACAAGUGUCAAAACUCCUGGCCUGCCCUAGUGUAUGCCGCUGUGACAGGAACUUUGUCUACUGUAAUGAGCGAAGCUUGACCUCAGUGCCUCUUGGGAUCCCGGAGGGCGUAACCGUACUCUACCUCCACAAUAACCAAAUUAAUAAUGCUGGAUUUCCUGCAGAGCUGCACAAUGUGCAGUCAGUGCACACGGUCUACCUGUAUGGCAACCAACUGGAUGAAUUCCCCAUGAACCUUCCCAAGAACGUCAGAGUCCUCCACCUGCAGGAAAACAACAUCCAGACCAUCUCGCGUGCUGCGCUCGCUCAGCUCCUGAAGCUGGAAGAACUACACCUAGAUGACAACUCCAUAUCUACAGUGGGGGUGGAGGACGGAGCUUUCCGAGAGGCGAUUAGCCUCAAACUGUUGUUCUUAUCGAAGAAUCACCUGAGCAGCGUGCCUGUUGGGCUUCCUGUAGACUUGCAAGAGCUGAGAGUGGAUGAAAACCGAAUCGCAGUGAUAUCAGACAUGGCCUUUCAGAACCUCACAAGCUUGGAGCGUCUGAUUGUGGAUGGGAAUCUCCUGACCAACAAGGGCAUUGCUGAGGGCACCUUCAGCCAUCUCACCAAGCUCAAGGAAUUUUCCAUAGUCCGUAACUCGCUCUCUCACCCACCUCCUGACCUCCCAGGUACGCACCUGAUCAGGCUCUACCUGCAGGAUAACCAGAUAACCCACAUCCCAUUGUCAGCCUUCUCAAACCUCCGUAAGCUGGAACGGCUAGAUAUAUCCAACAAUCAGCUACGAAUGUUAACUCAAGGCGUCUUCGAUCAUCUCUCCAACCUGAAACAACUCACUGCUCGGAAUAACCCUUGGUUUUGUGACUGCAGUAUUAAAUGGGUCACCGAAUGGCUCAAAUAUAUCCCUUCUUCUCUUAACGUGCGUGGUUUCAUGUGCCAAGGUCCUGAGCAAGUGCGGGGAAUGGCUGUCAGGGAGCUGAAUAUGAAUCUUUUAUCUUGUCCCACCACUACCCCUGGACUGCCUGUCUUCACCCCAGCUCCAACUACAGUCUCUCCCACAACUCAGUCUCCUACUCCCUCUGUUCCAAGCCCCAGCAAAGGCUCUGUGCCUCUAGCUCCUACCCCCUCGAAACUCCCCACCAUCCCUGACUGGGAUGGUAGAGAAAGAGUGACCCCACCUGUUUCUGAAAGGAUCCAGCUUUCCAUCCACUUUGUUAACGAUACUUCGAUUCAAGUCAGCUGGCUGUCUCUCUUUACUGUGAUGGCGUACAAACUGACAUGGGUGAAAAUGGGCCACAGUCUUGUAGGGGGAAUUGUUCAGGAACGGAUUGUCAGUGGUGAGAAGCAACACCUGAAUCUGGUUAACUUAGAGCCCAGAUCCACCUAUCGGAUUUGUUUAGUGCCAUUGGAUGCGUUCAACUACCGCACGGUGGAGGAUACCAUCUGUUCCGAGGCCACUACCCAUGCCUCGUAUUUGAACAAUGGCAGUAACACUGCUUCUAGCCACGAGCAGACAACUUCCCACAGCAUGGGCUCCCCUUUUCUGCUGGCGGGCUUAAUCGGGGGUGCAGUGAUUUUUGUGCUCGUGGUUUUGCUCAGCGUGUUUUGCUGGCACAUGCACAAAAAGGGACGCUACACCUCCCAGAAGUGGAAAUACAACAGGGGCCGACGGAAAGAUGACUAUUGUGAGGCAGGCACCAAAAAGGACAACUCCAUCCUGGAGAUGACAGAAACCAGUUUUCAGAUUGUCUCCUUAAAUAACGAUCAGCUCCUUAAAGGAGAUUUCAGACUGCAGCCCAUCUAUACCCCAAAUGGGGGCAUUAAUUACACAGACUGCCACAUCCCCAACAACAUGCGAUACUGCAACAGCAGUGUGCCGGAUCUGGAGCAUUGCCAUACAUAACAGCCAGAGGUCCAACGUCAGAAAAGUGGACAACCAAACUCUCAAGAACACACAUGAGUGUGCACAUAAAGACACGCAGAUUACAUUUGAUAAAUGUUACCCAGAUGCGUUUGUGCAUUUGAAUACUCUGUAAUUUAUACGGUGUACUAUAUAAUGGGAUUUAAAAAAAGUGCUAUCUUUUCUAUUUCAAGUUAAUUACAAACAGUUUUGUAACUCUUUGCUUUUUAAAAUUAAAAAAAAAUGUUGCUGAAGUACUGUACUGGGUUGUACAAUGAGGACCCAAUGCCAAGGCAGAAGAAUGAGUGAUUCAUACUUAAGAUACAUAUUAACCACUUUGCUGUUAAAGCUGUCAGAAUAAAUUCCUUCUCUAUAGCUGAUAGUCAUAGGAAAGGAUAGAUUCAGAUGGGCUCAUCAGGGUAAGAGGGAUAGUUUGAGUAAAGAAAGAAUGACCUAGUUAUUUCUGUUUUCUAUACCUCUUGGCCUGGAAGAAACGCUGUUUGAAAAAUCCAUAAUAUAAUAAUAGAGGUAGUUAUUCCAAUUUGACCCAGUACAAGAAAUAGAACAUCAUGAGGAAUCCAGUUCCCAAAAGAUAAGUUAGGCCUACUUGACCAAAUCAAAGAAACUGAGAGGUUUGAAAUGUCCUUAAAACCCCAGGGUUGGCUUUCUGACUGUGAACUUCAAAAUCACUCUUCAUGCUUCCCUGGCCUUAUGUGAUAACAGAGUUGGAAACCUGAGUCUGAUUCUAGUCAUCUUCAGGGACCAAUAUGAUCAGUUCUAGCAAGAAAAUUCCCCUCAAAACUGUCACUAUUCAAAUAAGAUGUCAGGUGGAAGUAUAUCCAAUAGAGUUAUAUUCUAGAAUAAUUUUUUAGAAGAGGAUAAUAAAAAUAAUGGGAAGAAUUAUAUUGAAUGGAAUUAUUUUUGAUAAUGAAAAUUAUUUGGGUAGAUUCACUGAGGCUAUAUCAACAUGGUGUUUAGACCAACAAAGAACAGUGUUUGAAAUAUAUUAACAGUAAUGUGUUUACUUUAAAAGUACUAAUACCACUUAGGAAAAAAUAUCAGUGAUUCUCUUACACUGUAUCAGCUGACUUUGUUAGUAUCAUGUUGAAAUAGCUUGAAUUAAUACCUAUAUCCCCUCUCAAAUUCUUGUCUUCCAAUCAUCUUGCGUAUAUUUUCUGUAAUUAAGUUGUAUAUUCCCCCUUCGUUUCCCCUCCACCACCUCUGCUUAGUAUUUCAAAGAAAUUGUGGACACAAAUCUUGGUUGCACAAAUGAUCCCUGUGUAUUUCUAUGUAUUAAAAUCCAUAUUAAUAUCCAUUGCCAAUGAUUCUGUGGAGACACCAAACUGGCCAAAACAAUGCGUAUUGUUAAAAAGCAAUACUAUGUUUCCAUUAGGAAUUAGCUUUGAUCCUUUUCCACAUUGAAAAUUCCCACUUGUUCCUUUUCGGUUGUGGAUGUCCCUCUAAUUUGUUCAUCUGAGGGUGAUAAUUAACUUUAUGCUAAAAGUCCACCAGUGAAAACGAGUAAGUCAGAGAAUGCAAUAUUUCUUUCAUCCUGGCAGAGGGUAUAGAAAAGUGAGGGAUGUCCACUAUUGAUGCUAGAUAUUUUUGAAACAAGUCCAUUUUCAGAAAACAUGAAUAAUUUACCCUAAUUCUUGUCAUCCCUUAGGUGUAGAAGGGCUAUAGACCACAUACAUUGUUUAAAGAAAUUUACCCUUGGGGAAUUCUUUUCAAAGCCACCUUUAGGCAUUUCAUUCUGUAUUCCUUUACAACCAUCCAUCACUUUAGGGACUCAUGAAGUAAAUGUCACCCUCUUCUUGCUUUCUCUUUCUCUCUAAGCAAAAUAAAACUGUGAUGUGUCUUCUUGUAAAAUUUUAGGUAUAAAAUGCUAUGCAAGCUUUUCUUUAUAGCAAGAGCUUUAUUUUCUUUAAUAAUAUACCCUGACUUAUAUGUUUUAAUCUCCCUCAUCCCUCAGAAUAAGCAGAAAAUAUAACUGCAGCGAUAAUGUUAUAGACACAAGCAUUGAAAAUGUGCAGUCAGUAGAGCGGAACAUAGUUAUGAAUUAAUUUAAUUAAUUCUAAAGUGACUCGGGUUUCCUCUUUCGUCUAUUAGCUAGAGGGUUUGGGCUGUUGGUUCCUGUAAAAGUAGGUUCGCACAGUGAAGGAAUAAGACCAUCUGGAAUGGUGAUCAGUGGAGCGUUACAUCAUCUAAAAUCAGGACAGUGAUAUGGGGCUCCGUGUAUUAGCUGAGUGUUUUCCUUUCAUUGUCCUCUUGCAUCUCACUGUAGGUAAAACUGUGCUGAAAAAUAUAAUGGUACUUUGAUUUUUGAAGAUUUUUAUUUUGUUAUAAACAAGAUAAUCAGUAUUGUCGGUUCGUACUGUAUGUUUAACUUCCAGUGGGAUUCAGGACUAUGGAAAUGUCUUUUCUUUGUCCCAGGAGAAAGAUGGCAUGGUUCCCACAAUGUUGAAUGGCAUCCACAACACUAUAGAGAGUUGAAGUGGUACUGAAGAGACCCAGUCAUGUACAAUGGUUAAGUUGCUUGCAAAAUUGCUCUGGUAGAGGUGUUUAAAAAAAAAAAAAAAGAAAAUCUUCAUUUUGAUCUUAUGAGUAGCAUAGCAAAGACAUCUGCUAUGAAAAUCAGACUACCAUCUGUAGUAGUGUGCUUUAGGGACUCCUACAUCAGAAUCAAAAUCACAUCAUGUAAUCUGUACUAGCUUAUGACACUUUCACAAAAGCAGAUGAGCUCCAGUCCUUACUGGAUGAUAUUUUGACUGGCAUCUUUAAUCAGGAGACCGUCCUGCAGUUAUAUCUCCUCUGUGUUUGGUCCUCUCUUAGCCUCAUCAUUAUUAUUUUUUUUUUUUGAGGUGAUUAGUUAAGAGUCAAAGUUGAGUUAUCUCAGAUAGUUUCACCCCCUGUCAGUACAAUAACUGUAACUACUAGAGGACAUUGCAAAAGAAAAAAGUAAAUCAAGGUCACACAGAUGUUAUCAGUGAUUAAACAGAAGGUAAUCACCAGUACCUCCUUGCUUAUAGAGAUGCAUAUGACCCUGGAGCGACCCUGGGUUUCACUUAAACACAGUCACUUCCUUGGCUAGGCAGUACAGCACUUGUGACAAUCACAGACAGACAUGAGAAGGGUGUUACCUAUUUAUAAUAGGAAUAAUCCUCCCUUGUGAGAAAUAAUGCAAUUUCUAAUUUCCCAGAUGUUUGCUGAUACAAUAUUAGACAUGUUCUCUCAAAGGUAAAAUAGAAAAAAAAAAAAACUAUAAUGUGAUCUUUUUUGGAAAAAAAGUAUAUUAACGGUGUAACUGAUAUUACACCUCUGUUUUUUAAAUAGUGGAGGUCAUAAUGGUCUUAGUCAUGCCACACAGCCAGAACUUCCUUCUUCCCUGGAGAAAGCGUAACUCUUCGUGUGAGGAGAGCAUCCAUUUCAAAUACAAGGCACCAUUGUUUUCUUCAGAGGCAGGUGCUACACUGGAUCAGCAAAUUUCAGCUGCAGCAUCCCUGCAUCUUUUGACAGUGAGGUGAUUAAUUUUCAUCAAUGUCUUUUUCUAGGGUUUAUCUCUGACCUAUCAAAAGGGGAUAUUAGAUGUUGCUUUAGAACUUGAGAAUAACACAUAAACUCAAAACUUGCUUCUCCAACUAAAUGGGAAAGCAAAAAGGAAGAGUGAACAACAGGGAAACAAUACACACAAAAAAACAAAAACAACAAGUCUCAAUUCUUAAUCUUGUCAAUUUAGCUUCUUUUUUAGUUAAAAUAAAUAAUGGUAGGAAGCUGUAUCUACACCCUUCUCCAGUUUCUUCAGCAGGAUUGAAGCAAUUGUUGGCAACUGCAAUGCUUUUCACUGAUUGUGGAGAAUACAUUUUGUACACAGUAUGAUACUGUUUUAGCAAACCAGGUUGUUUUGUUACAGUAUUUCAUUUUAUAGCUGCACAUCCACCAGAAGAGCACAAACCAAGGCCAUUGUGACAGGCAUUUUAAAAUUAACAUAAAACAUGAAAUUCCAUGCAUACAUAAUACAUGGGCUGUUUGUAAAGGUGUCUGUGGGAUGUGAGAUUUGUAGCCAGCUCCAACAAAAUGAGGCAUCACCAUUGUAUGCCCUCGUAGGAUAAUAUUUACUGAAUGUUAAGUUUGAUGAUCUGUUACUAUUUGAAGCAUAUGUUGAUUUGAUUCUGGUUUGUGUUUAGUGUGUUUCUCUGACAAGGGACUUCAAGGGGCUGGAAGAUUCCGUGUCAUGCAUCCUCUGAGACCUACCAUGUUGCACACUUUGUUAACUACCAACUUCACUCUACACUAUACAGUACCUUGUUGAUAUAUUCA